AUGGCCGUCCAAAUUACAACCGACUGUGUAGAGGAAAUUAUCAAAUUCCUGGCCAAUGAUGUGAAGACAUUACACUCCUGCUUAUUGGUGAACAGGUCGUGGUGUCGCCUGACCGUUCCAAUAUUGUGGAGCAAUCCGUGGAAAUAUAAAUCUGAAAUUGGAGAGGAUCAAUUCAACCAGUCAAUGACCAUGAUAUUGUUGUCAUUCAUACCCGUGAAUACGAGGGAGCUGUUACGGCAACAUUAUAGGAAUGCAGUUAUUGAUUUUCCUCCGGCACAAACACCUCUAUUUGAAUAUACUUCGUAUUGCCAGUAUCUCCCGACAUGCGUCGUGAGACAACUUUGGAACGAGAUAGAAAAAAGAAAUGGAUUAGCAUACUCAAUUCCUGAUUAUGUUCGAUAUUUCUAUAUAAAACAUAUUUACAUGAUGUUCAUUAAUUCAAGCUCGAAUAUCAAACAUCUAGAACUUCCGCAGCACAUGCGUCUCAUAGAUUUUCUUGAGUGCAAGGAGGGUUUAAGUCAGCUUCACGUGUUAGAGUGCAAUGCAAAUCACGACAGUGUAUCUUUUUUCGAGAUUGCGGAAAUUUGUAGAAACCUUCAAAAGUUGAUUGUGGACUGUGAUCAAGAUAAUGAAGGCCUGGCGAUGUUGAUUAAAAAACAGCAUGGACUGGAAUACCUUGAAAUAGCAUCCUUGGAAGGGUAUGAAUGCCCAAUAAUUGGGGUGGCCUUGAAAAGUCAAGAUACCACACUGGCACACAUUCGACUUGGAGUUCUGGCAUGCAUCUCGCCAUCACUACUAUGUUCAUUUGUUAAUCUAAAGACGCUGCAAUUCGAUUUAAUUGAUCUCGGAGCGUCAUAUGUCAAGGAGAUACUGGAACAUGCAAAUUUUCCUUACCUUGAGAUACUUGACAUAUUUGGUAUUAACUGCGAAGUUCAUAUAAAUCUUUUCACAAGGUUGAUUGAACAAACGCAGAGCACCCUUCAAAGGCUAUACUGGAAUGAGGUGACCAAGCCCAGUGAAGAUGAUCUGAGACUUUACUUUGAAGUAAUAGCGCAUAAUUGUCCGAAUCUGAAAUUUAUCACAAUUCCAUACAUGAAUCAUAUGAUUGACCUUCUUGGCGAGAUGUUAACCUUGUGUCAAAGACUAGAAGGCAUGAAAAUUGUUGUUUGCGAGGUGGUGAAUGAAAUUACGUUGUUUCAAAUAUUAGGCAGAAAAGCGUCAAGGAAUCUAUCAUUGAUCAACCUAUCAGAAGGCUGGUGGUUUUCCCAUUCAAGUUUAGAGGAAUUUUUCAUACUUUGGAGGGAAAAGAAACCAAUGAUCUUUAUUUGUCCAAAAGUCACAAUGCAGGAUCGAGAGGAAACCAUCGAAGUCGUUCAGAAAUAUUUAAAAGAAGGAGUAAUAAAAGAAUUUAUUGACAUAGCGUUUGACAUGAACCAUAUUCGUUGGAUCAAAGACUCUUGGAGAAUAGGCCCAGCAUACGACAGAUAG